CUGAAUACAAUUUAUUAAUCAAUCUUUUUAUCCUGAUAAGUCAAAAUUUUCUUUAACAAAGACCUCAUUCACUAGAAGUUGUUGAAUUCUGACAAAGAAGUUUGUGUCUUCGGUCAUUUUGUAAGAUAUAAUGUUCUGCCCACCACCAUAUUCCCUUUCUGACAAUUGGUGCUCUCUCUGCAUCUGCAACGGAAGCAAUCAACCGAUCAAAAUCCUACCGUCUAAAAUCAAAAUGGACGGCGACGGCGCUGACGAGAAGAAGAAGCACGCCUACUCCCUGUGGGGCGUCCCGCCGAAAGACGUCAGGAUCCGGCUCAAGAAGCUCACAGACGGCCUCCGAUCCGAAUUCGGCGGCCCGGAAUUCCAGCCCCACGUCACCGUCGUCGGAGCCGUACACUUGACGGAGCAGGACGCAAUCAGCAGGUUCAACUCUGCUUGCGAGGGGCUCAAGCCGUACACCGCCGCCGUCGAUCGCGUGACCCUGCGUGUGCUGCUCCUCCAUCCCACCGCCGAGGUCGUGGAAGCUGGCUCACACUGCGGUGGACAUUUUGGGUACAAGAGAUCCACUCCUUAUAUGCCGCAUCUCAGCCUUUUGUACGGAGAUCUGAGCGACAAAGAGAAGGAGAAGGUUCAAGAGAAAGCCAUGGAACUAGAUGACAGCAUCAGCAACCUGAGCUUCGAGAUCAGCAGCCUGGAGCUGUGGAAGACGGACACUGAGGACAAGUCUCUGGAAUCUUGGGAGAAGAUCUCAGAGUUCAACCUGUCUCACAACUAGACUCUAUAUAUAUAUAGCAAACUCUUUGUGAAUUACGAUCAUCUUGAUUGCUUCUAACCAAAGUUUGAUAAUAAAUUGGCCACACAUAUACGUCUUUCUUUUCAUGGAUGAUUUUCAAGGUUUGAGCCUAGAGUGAGUUCCAGUAUUUCAGCGGUGAUUUACCCUGUAUUGCUAUGUUACUGUGUGUUUGUAAUAAGCGAAAGAAGAAAUCGGUUGAUCCCUAACUUGGAAGUGUACAUAUGUUCAUAAAACUUUGGAAUUUGU